CAAAUAUGGCGGCCACCAGGGGGUGUUUAUCGGGAAAAGUUUAUUUAUCUUUUUCGGCCGCAAUUUUGUAAAGUGUUUGUGUUUGCCAGCAUGUACGAGCAUCCUAAUCCGGCUGGUGAAUUAGUUUUGUAAACGAAAAUGCCGUUUUUUAAAAGAAAAUCGGCAAACGAUAAACAAAAGGGGCCUGCACAACCCAGCCCAGACCUCGGAGGCAGGAAAUCCGUCAAGAGGACACCGUCCAAUAGAAGUGGAACAUCUUUAGGAAAAAAUGACCGUUUUAAUGGAGAUGUUGGUAUGGUUGCAGGAAAUCAAUCGACUGGUCAUAAAAAUCGACCUGCCAAACUACUUCUGUCUCCCGAGGAUCUGCAAGAUACAGAAGACUUGGGAGAUUGUGGUACCUCCUUACAUUCAAGGAUGCCAAAUUCCUCACGGUUAUCCAAUACAUUGUCUGAAAUCUUGAACGACAAAGAUGCCCUAGGCUUAUUAAUCAAAUACAUGGAUGCAAUAAAAUCGGCCCAACAUAUACGAUUCUGGUUGGAUUCCAGGCAUCAACAUGGAGUAGGCUACGGACUCAUUCGUUAAAUUCUGCA